AUGUUCAGUCUUGCAGCUCUAUCUUUACUUGCUCUUGUUUUGGUGAAUGGGACCAACGCAUCCAACUCAAAGCGUGGUUUGGCGUUCGCCGACAACACCAAUCCCACUGAUAUCUCGGUAGCAGAAAAUACCGAGGUUUCUUGGGUGUAUGACUGGGGAACUACUCCAGCCAGCUACAUUGCCAGCUCUGGCCUCCCUUACAUCCCUAUGCAAUGGGGUACAAGCGGUGUGGAGAGUUUCGCAGCUACUGUCACAUCUCAAGGCGCUAAAACUAUAUUGGGUUUCAACGAGCCAGACCUUAGCUCGCAAUCCAACGUCGAUCCCUCUACCGCUGCUUCCUUAUGGACGCAGUACAUCCAGCCUCUCAAGGCCCAAGGUGUUACUCUUGGUGCCCCUGCUGUGACGAACGGUCCCACAGGCAUCCCAUGGCUCCAACAGUUCCUCGGAAACUGUUCCAGCUGUGACAUUGACUUCGUCCCGUUACACUGGUAUGGUGAGGGUGUUAGCAAUUUCGAGAGCUAUGUCGAACAGUUCCACUCGACUUUCCCUUCUUACCCGUUGUGGGUCACCGAAUUUGCUUCUACUUCCACUAAUUCCACCGACGUGGAGACUUUCUUGACUGCGGUCCUGACUUGGUUGGAUGCUCAGAGCUAUAUCACAGGCUAUGCCUGGUUCGCCUUAUUCCGUGACGACGGCACCAGCUACUACAGUCUUCUCAACUCCAGUGGCCAACCCAACGCUUUGGGCACAUCCUACUUCACUCAGGCCUAGUGACUCGUCGAAGACAAAUAUCAGAAGCUUAGGUAGAAAAACCAUAGUUUCACGUUCGGUGUAUUUGGUGUGUAUUGUACUACUAUUCCCGGAGAAGAAAGAAUUAAAAUACGCGCUGUGGGCAU